GCAAAGGAGACAUCCACCUAACUGUAAAAACAGAAUCAUUUGUAUAUUCAACACUCAUUCACUUACUUUCAACAAUUCUCUCUCUAACUCUGCCUCUGCAUCUUCGUCUUGUGUUUUCUUUUCUCCACUAUGUCCUUAGGGUCACUGAAAUAUCUAAUAAUUCUCACAAUCUUCGCAAUUAUACGGCUGAAUUUCGCCUUUGGACUCGAUGACACGCUCACUUAUGUCUGGCCUCUGCCGUCGGAGUUCACUUCCGGAAAUCAAACCCUCUCAAUUGACCCCGCCCUCACGCUUGCUGUCAGUGGCAAUGGAGGAAGCUCUAUAAUCGUUAAAGAGGCGUUUGAAAGAUACAAGAGGAUUAUCUUCAAGCACACUAAUAGUUUUUCUGUUUUUCAGAGGUUUAAAUAUAAAUCGGAUUAUGAUAUUAGUAAAUUGAAAAUUGUGGUUCAUUCUGGUAACGAGGAUCUUCAACUUGGGGUCGAUGAGAGUUAUACACUAUUUGUGGAUAAGAAUGAUGGGCAGUCGAUUAUUGCAGAGGCAACAAUUGAGGCAAACACUGUCUAUGGCGCACUGCGAGGGUUGGAGACAUUCAGCCAAUUAUGUACAUUUGAUUAUGGAACUAAAUCUGUACAAAUCUACAAGGCACCAUGGUACAUUCAAGACCAACCAAGAUUUGCAUUUCGUGGACUUUUGCUUGAUACGUCCAGGCAUUAUUUACCGAUUAAUGUCAUUAAGCAGAUAAUUGAAUCAAUGUCAUAUGCUAAACUUAAUGUCCUUCAUUGGCACAUUAUUGAUGAGGAGUCAUUUCCGUUAGAAAUACCAACAUAUCCAAAAUUGUGGAAAGGUUCAUAUACAAAGUGGGAGCGGUACACAGUUGAGGACGCCUAUGAGAUUGUGAACUUCGCCAAAUUAAGAGGUAUCAAUGUUAUGGCGGAAAUAGAUGUCCCUGGUCAUGCAGAAUCAUGGGGAACUGGAUAUCCUGAUCUUUGGCCUUCUGUUUCAUGUAGAGAGCCACUUGAUGUCUCAAAAAAUUUUACUUUUGAUGUUGUAUCUGGCAUUCUGACAGACCUCAGAAAAAUCUUCCCUUUUGGGCUCUUCCACUUGGGUGGUGAUGAGGUUAACACAGAUUGCUGGAACACUACUCUACAUGUGAAGGAAUGGCUUGAGGAUCACAACUUGACUACUAAGGACGCAUAUCAAUAUUUUGUACUCAGAGCUCAAGAAAUAGCAAUUUCUAAAGGUUGGAACCCUGUUAACUGGGAGGAAACGUUUAAUGCUUUUGCAUCAAAACUUCAUCCAAGGACUAUAGUGCACAACUGGUUAGGUGGUGGGGUUUGUCCAAAGGCUGUUGCCAAAGGUUUCAGAUGCAUUUUUAGUAACCAAGGUUUUUGGUAUCUUGAUCAUCUAGAUGUCCCUUGGUAUGAUGUUUACAAAGCUGAGCCUCUGGAAGGAAUAAAUAUUGCUUCUGAGCAAAAGCUUGUACUAGGAGGAGAAGUAUGCAUGUGGGGUGAGACAGCUGAUGCCUCAGAUAUUCAGCAGACUAUAUGGCCUCGAGCUGCAGCAGCUGCAGAGCGCAUGUGGAGUAGAAGAGAGGCCAUAUCUUCAGGAAAUAUUACCUUAACAGCUUUGCCCCGCUUCCACUACUUCAGAUGUCUAUUAAAUAGGCGCGGAGUUCAAGCUGCUCCCGUCAAAAAUUUCUAUGCUCGACAACCUCCAACUGGUCCAGGGUCAUGCUAUGAGCAGUAAUUCUUCCCCUUGUUAAAUUAGGAGUUGAACACAGGGAUAACGAUUGGCAGUGGUAGCUUGCGCGAUGGACUGUAUCUGUUGGAUGAUGUGUGUUGUUUUUCAAAUCCGGGUAUUAGUCAAUCUUCGUUAGGAACUUCUAAAAAUCCUUUCCAUGAGGUUUUUCAAUGGUAUAGGAGAUUAGGACAUCCUUCUUUUUCUAUUUUAGGACAUUUAUUUUUCACUUUGUCCACUAAGUGUGAUUUUGAUUUAUUAGUAUGUGAUACUUGUGAACUUGUCGAACACACUAGACAUUCUUAUUCUCCAAUUAAUAAUAAAAGUUUGGUACA